GCAAAAAGAAACCCUUGCGAAAGUAACCCUUGUAAAAAUGGCGGCAAGUGCUUUAACAGUCAAGAUGGGCUUUCGUUUACCUGCCAGUGUCCAGAGGAGUGUACUGGAGAUCUGUGUCAAAAUUGUGAUCGUAAGUAUUGGUGACCCAACUUUAAACAAAGUUGAAGCCUUUUAUAGCAGCACAAUUGUUUUUAGCACUAACUUAAAUACAUUAAUGGUACCGAUUUUGCAGUCAUCCCUCGAUUAAUUCGCAUAACCGUCUUCUUAGACUACCGUUAAUGCAGUGUAAACCUGCUGGAAUGAGGGAGCAACACAACGUGUAAUUGUCAUAGACAGGUGUCCUUUAUUGGAGCGAGUUUACUGUAAACAUGCUCCAGAAAUCUCUGCAGCCGUUAAAAAGUGGACACUUUUACUUGCUAUCACAUUUUCAAAAUGAGUUUCUGCCUUUAAAUGAUUUAUAUUAUGACCAUCAUCAUUAUUAUUAAUAUAACUAUUAUUACUGAUUAUUUACUUCAUUAUAAUUUUUUCAGCCGAGAAGAUUUGCCCUUCAGGAUAUUGUAAAAAUGGGGGCACGUGUAUAAUCGUGGGAAUAAAGUGUUUCUGUAAGUGUCCAUCAGGCUAUUUACCCCCGGAAUGCGCGAAAACAGCGCCAGGUAAUGUAAUCCUUUUGCUAUAAUUACAUUUUUCUCGGCUGUACUAACGCAGACAUGCGCUCUCGGGUUUUUGUUUAACUUUUUGGCCGUAUAUAGAGUAUAGUCUCUCAUUGUUGGCAGGGUAUGUUUAGGUCCCUUGAAAGCCAACAGUUUUAGUAAAAUCUAUUCGUACACUUUUCUUUUCUUGUUCUUUUUUUCUUUUUUUUUUUUUGGCUCAGCGAGGCACUCUCACCGGCCAAAAGGUUUCGUUUAGGAAAAACUGUGCCAUGUUCUUUAUCAAACUAGCAUACCAUUGACGAAUAAUAAAAGCCGUUUAUCAUGAAAUUUAACUGUCUAGUAACCAAAACAUAGUGAUAUGCUAAGAACAUUGUAUGACCAGUUCAGUAACCUAACUAGAAGCGUACGUACUGACAUCUCAUGACCUUUGAAUUCUCCGCCUUAAAAUGUAUAUGUGAUCGCUAAUGCAAAGGACAUGAGUUCGAAUGCAGUUGAGGCUCUGAGUUGUUUGUAACACGUUGCAACUGUGGUGAUCAUAUCUCAGGUUGCGUUCCACGAUUGAGAAAUCGGGAUUUCGGAUUUUGCAAUCGAACGCGAGUCCUAAAACUGAUUUCACCUCCGAGAAAUCCGUCCUCAUGGUGGAUUUCAAUAAACAAAUUCAGAUCCGAAUUUCAUAGAUUUCCUUUUUACCGUUCGAUUGGAAAAUCCGAAAAUGGCUUGGCAAAACUAUUCGCAUGAACAGUGGUCUUCUUUUUGCUAAUUGUGAGUGCGCGUGCAAGACCGUUGUUCUUAAGAACUGUUUAUUAAAUCCUGUUUCACAUCCCCCCCCCCAACCCCAAAAACAAAAGGAAAGAAAAGGAAUCCAAGAACAGAUAUCUCCAGAUGAUUUUGCAAUCGAACUCACCCUUAAUCAAGAUUUGUUUUAUUCUUAGAAAACCGCCACGUUUGUCACCCUAACCCUUGUCAGAACGGGGGUACCUGUAGAAAAGUACGAGCUGACGCAUAUGAAUGUAGCUGCCUGGUGCAGUUCCAUGGUAAACACUGUGAACGUAAGUAA